GGGCGGGGGCGGGGCGGAGCUCCCGUGCCCCGGACCGAGGCGGGCGGCUGACGAGGCGGCUGAGGAGGAGGAGGAGACGGCGGCAGCGGCUUUCCGGUCCUUAUCCCUGUCCCGGCACCGCAGCGGCCCGAAGAGCGAGAAAGGGCCCCGGCGCCAUGAAGCUGCGGGUCCGCGUCCGGAAGCGGACGGCGCCGCUGGAGCUGCCGGCCGAGGAACCGACGCUCGGGGAGUUGCGCGCGCACCUGCGCCAGGCCCUGCUCCCCGCCUGGGGCUACAGUUCUGAAACCCAGUUUGCAGUGACACUGAACAGCAAGGAUGCCCUCACCGAAGAUGAGAAGACCUUGGCUUCCUAUGGAGUUGUUUCUGGGGACUUAAUCUGCUUGAUUCUUGAGGAGGCUGUUGAAGAAUCUUCCAGAGCACUGUCUUCAGAGGCAGCCCAUCCCUCCUCCCAGAGUAAUCCCAGUCAUUCCUCCUUGGCCACCAGCGAGAGUCAGUCCAGCCGGCAAGGCGAAGGAGAGCCCAGCGAUCCCAGCCUUUCUCAGGCGGGCCAGCCUGGUGACCCGAGGGCAGAGAACGUGCCGGGAUCCCAUCUAGAUUUUGAUUCUGGGUUAAUUCGGGAGGAUGUGGAUAUGGAGGAGGGUCCGGGGUCCUAUCCCACGGAGCCAAUGCUGUGCAGUGAAGCUGUGGAUGGGCAAGUGCCACAUUCCCUGGAGACGCUGUACCACUCGGCCGAGUGCGGUAGUGCCAACGAUGCCCUCAUUGUCCUGGUGCAUCUGCUGAUGCUGGAGUCUGGCUACACCCCUUUGGGGACGGAAGCGAAAGCCGUGUCCAUGCCCGAGAAGUGGCGCUCGGGAGGCGUCUAUAAGUUGCAGUACACGCAUCCUCUCUGCGAAGACGGCACCGCUGCUCUCACGUGUGUGCCUCUGGGGAGUCUUGUCGUCAUAAAUGCUACAUUGAAAAUCAACAAUGAGAUUAGGAGUGUGAAAAGAUUACAGCUGUUGCCAGAGUCUUUUAUUUGCCCCCAUGAACAAGCUGAGGAAAAUGUGGCCCGGAAAUACAAAGACCUGCAGAAGCUGUCCCGCCUUUUCAAAGACCAGCUGGUCUAUCCCCUUCUGGCUUUUGCUCGGCAAGCUUUAAACCUGCCCGAUGUGUUCGGUUUAAUCGUUCUUCCAUUGGAAUUAAAACUGCGGAUUUUCCGGCUCUUAGACGUCCGUUCGGUCCUGUCUCUGUCUGCAGUUUGUCGUGACCUUUUCAUUGCUUCAAAUGACCAACUCCUGUGGAGGUUUAUGUACUUACGGGAUUUUCGAGAUUGCGCUGUCAGACCUCGAGACACUGAUUGGAAAGAACUCUACAGGAAGCAAAAACAGAGGAAAGAUGCCCUGAGAUGGAGGCACGCCAUGUUCCUGCCUCCUCCGCCACACCCCACUCCAUUCCAUCCUGGCCCAUUCUACCCGAGUCCCUUUCCUCCCAACCCCAUGUAUCCCCCAGGGAUUAUUGGCGGUGAAUUUGAUGAGAGACCAGUGCUUCCUUAUGCUGGGGACCCAAUCAAUUCACUCAUCCCCGGGCCUGGGGAAGCCCCUGGCCAGUUUUCCCCGUUCAGACCCCAUUUCGAUCCAAUGGGCCCAUUUCCAGGGCCCAAUCCUGUCCUACCAGGGAGAGGGGGCCCCAGUGACCGGUUUCCCUUUAGACCCAGCCGUGGUCGGCCAACUGACAUCCGCCUCUCCUUCAUAUGAUGGUUUUAAGCUUAUUUGAGCUUGCUUUAGGUUCUGUUUUAUUUUUCCCUUAAACCAACAAUGUCAUCUCCUUGAGGCUGCGUGUCCCUAGUGUUUUAUUGUGGUUGUGCACUCCUGGGCCCUUUGACUAGACCUGCCUCAAGUUUCCUACGGAGAGUGCAAUUGGACUGCCGGGUUUGCCGAAGGCUUCCCUGAGAAAGGGCUGCGACUCAAGAAGAAGAGGCGGCUGGGGCUCCCCGUUCUCUCUUCCCCGUUCUCAGCAGGGUGUCGAAGUUACAACGUGCUGCAUCAGAUAGACAGCUUAACAUGCAAAGUAACAUGUCUGCUCUGACUUUUCUUACAGAAGGAUGUAUAAUAAAUACUUAGGAGACCUUCCCAA